AUGGAUGAGCGCCCCGAGCAAUUGACGACUUUGGGCCGCAUCUUUCAGUCUACGCGCGGGGCCUCUGUCAGAAUACUUUGGUGUGAAGGGAAGGGUAUCCAGGCGCUCUGGAACGAGAAGGCGCAGACCAAUCAGAACAUGGCGCGCCCAACAAUGCAACCGCUACGAAGUCCGCACCGUCAAGGCAUUAAUACUCAAGGUCAUAAGCGCCGCGUCGAAUCAUCUUUAAGCGAAGUCGAAGACAAUCGGCAGAAUCAUUCGUCGAAGAAACGGAAACUCGAUCAUCCGGACAUUCCACCUCCAAGAUUUUGGGACGAUUUAUCAAGAAUUCCCCUUACUCGGAACGCGAUACGAGAGCUUAACAGACGAAAUCGCUUCAGCAGAGACUCCCAAAGAUACAUAUCACCACAGCAUACAUCUGUAGCUGUUUCAACCGUUCAGCGCUUUGCAAGACAAGGUGGACCCGAUCUGUCGAAUAUCAGAGGGUGUCGACUUCCGAUUCAGUCUUACGACAGAAUGAGCUCCAGUCAAUCAAGCCUCGGACGCCGAAAGAGGGGAUCCCAGUCCCCAAUAAAAAGGGCCAGCCAGUUUCCAUCAAAGAGCAAUGCGACACCGAAUACUACGAGCACGAGAAGUACAGGCCCUUAUGACCGCGCUUUCCAACAGCAUCUGGUUGAUCACAGAAUAUUCCCAGACGGGUAUGAGUAUCCAGAUGGCACCUUACCUCCGGAGCCUGAGAACAUGGAUGAGAUACUUCUAGCCAUGGCCCAGCCUAGACCAUCUUUAUCUCCAUCUCGAUUCUCGAACGAUGACUUUCGAAGAUUUAAGAGAGCAGAUACUCACGCCUUUAAAGAGCGUGAAAUUACAACAACUGUCAUACCAAUAAUUGAGGGAACUGUACCUGAUAUAAAGUGUGUUGCUGGAGAAAUUCCCUUCACAAAUCUUGACCAUUUAACCGAUGGCACACUUGUACCAGGCAAUCCUGACCUCUACUAUGGUGCGCGUCCAGAGCAGCUCGAUCGCAGAAUUCGCAGAGAGCUAAGCGGCCAGAUUGUCCCCUCAACGCAAAGUGACUUGCCAAUAGCGCCUAACUUUUUCCUUGAAGCCAAAGGGCCGGACGGAACACUAUCAGUUGCUUGCCGACAGUCAUAUUACGAUGGUGCUUUAGGGGCUAGAGGAAUACAUAGUCUACAGUCGCACGGCAUUCCAGAUCCACAAUACGACAAUAAGGCGUAUACUAUUUCAUCAGUAUACCACGGAGGCCAACUAAAGAUGUACAGCAGCCAUCCAAUACCACCAUGCUCUCCGGAAGACAAACCUGGCUGCGUUACAACACAUAUCAAAUCGUGGGCUCUCACUGGCGACGCAGACUCAUUUCGACAAGGUGCUACUGCUUAUCGUAACGCCAGAGAUUGGACAAAGCAAGCGAGAGAUGAAGCCAUCAAGCUGGCAAACCAAAGACUAGUCGGGAAGCAACACGUUUCAUCUCCCAGUGGCGAUCUGCAUUCAAUCCCGGCGAGCGAAGCGUCUGGCGAAGGCACUACCAUUACCAGCCAGGAAACGAUCCUGAAACCUAGCUCAAAUGUGUCGCUGCCCUGUGAUUCCGACACAUCCGCCGAUGAACUCGCGUUAGAUGGCAGUUUUUGGCAGCCAGCCAAGCGUGCUAAGUCAAAAUCACGAUCUCCACGGAAGAAGAAAUAG